UCCACACACAAUACGCUACGCACUUCUCUAUAUUCCGUCAACUGAUUGAGGGGGUUGGAGUUACGGGUAAAGUGAACGCGCAAACCAUACGAAAUUCCCCGUCUGUUAACGAAAAGAGAAUUCUGAAACAAUUACAAAACUUGAGAGAGAAGAAACUGAAAUCCUUCAUAGAACAUACACUGGUAUACUCACAGUCGACAUAAACUUGUGAUUGUAAUGGCGUGGCAGCAACAGACAUCCAUGCCCAUGCAGGGACCAAGAGUCACGCUUGAUGAUCUUGGAGGACAACCUGGCAUGCAGAGACCACCUAACACAGGACCAAAUCCAUUUAACAGUCCAUUCCAAGGAGCUGGUUCUGCAUUUAUCCGAGAUGGAUUAGGGGCAUAUGGAGAGCGAAUUUUUGGAACUAGUUCAGAGUACGUGCAAAGCAAUAUUAGCAAAUAUUUUUCGAAUCCUCAAUAUUACUUUCAAGUAAAUGAUCAAUACGUGAAGAACAAGCUGAAAGUAGUCCUCUUUCCUUUCAUGCACAGGGGUCAUUGGACAAGGAUAGCUGAGCAGAUUCCAGGAGGUCUCACAUACAAGCCACCUAUCUAUGAUAUCAAUGCUCCUGAUUUAUAUAUUCCUUUUAUGGCAUUUGGCACGUAUGUCAUCCUUUCUGGUAUCACACUGGGCUUGCUUGGGAAGUUCAGUCCUGAAGCAUUGAGUAUUCAAUUUUCAAAAGGUCUUCUCGGUUGGUUUGCACAAGUAUUACUGUUGAAAUUGUCACUCUAUGCACUUGGCAGUGGAGAAGCUCCAAUUUUAGACAUUGUUGCAUAUGGGGGAUAUGCUUUUGUAGGCAUAGCUCUUUCUGUUUUGGCACGUGUUUUAUGGAGUUAUUCAUACUAUGUUAUAAUGCCCUGGACGUGCCUGUGCAUGGGAAUUUUCUUGGUUAAAACUAUGAAAAGAGUAUUGUUUGCAGAGGUUAGGAGUUAUGAUAGAGAUUCCAGCAGGCACCACUACCUCCUGCUUUUCAUGGCAAUCACUCAAUUUCCAUUGUUCCUAUGGCUUGGAUACAGCAUUGCCUGAUUCAGUUUGGAUCACGUUAGUGUAAAUUAGUGUCAUUCUCACUCAAUCUGGAGCAUUUUUUUGAGCGGCAAUCUUUGAGAUCUGUGGUGAUAUCUUCUAGCCAUCCUUGACAAAUAGAAAGCUGUGAAAUGUCAUUGUGUACCAAUAUUUUACAGGUAUACAACAUUGCCACGGGAAUGCAUGUUCUUCAGAUGUACUUGUGAUACAUUUUAGUGAUUCUCAGUUUGUUUUGGAAGUGCAAUGUAUCUCAGAAUGCACUGCAGGUUACUGUGGCUGAUACUUCUGGGAAUUUAAUUUUGGUAAUCAGUUCUUCUGGGUAGAAGUAAAUGUAGAAGUGUUAUAUUCAAUUGAAAUUUCCACUUUCAAGAGAUGGAUAACUGUAUUUUUAUUAUAAAAUGUCAAAAUAUAAGAAUCAUUUUUGUGUGUGUGUUUUCA